UAAAAAUAAAUAAAUAUUAUUCUUUUCUCACUUUCCUCUCGUCUCUUCUCUCCCAUUGUUUCUUCUUCCUCGGCUACAUCUCCCGACGUCUCGUUUCUUCCGUCUUUAACUGGUUGGUUUGUAUAUUGAAUGGGCACAUCAUCUGGUUCAAAUCAUCCACACCAGAUGUUACCACCACGUCAACAACAAAGAAGUGGAGGGAUUGGGAUUGAAACAGCUCUAUCACUAGUCUCUUCGGAUCAGGAGCCACCAAGGCGUGAGUCUCCAGCCGAAAGUGCGAGUUCUCAAGAGACAUGGCCACUUGGAGAUACUGUUGCCCCCAGGACCAAGACUAUGAUGAUGGUUCAAAAGACUGAGCCUGAUUCUCAUGAACAAAGUGUGAAUGUGAUGCAUCAUGUGUCGAAUGCGGAUAAGGUAUCGGUACGGGAUAUAGCUAGAGAAAGAGUCGAAUUGGUUGCGGAGAGAAUGCAUCGAUUACCGGAUGAGUUUCUUGAUGAGUUGAAGAACGGUCUUAAAUCUGUUCUUGAAGGAAAUGUAGCGCAGAGCGUAGAUGAGUUCAUGUUCUUGCAGAAGGUUGUUCAGAGUAGAACUGAUUUGAGCUCUACGACACUUGUUAGAGCUCACCGGGUGCAGCUUGAGAUACUUGUAGCGAUAAAUACCGGAAUCCAAGCGUUUUUGCACCCAAACAUCAGUCUUUCUCAGCCAUCACUAAUCGAGAUUUUCGUAUACAAGAGAUGCAGAAACAUAGCUUGCCAAAACCAAUUACCGGCUGAUGAUUGCUACUGUGAAAUAUGCACUAACAGGAAAGGAUUCUGUAACCUUUGUAUGUGUACCAUCUGUAACAAAUUUGAUUUUUCUGUCAAUACUUGCCGCUGGAUCGGUUGCGACUUGUGUUCACACUGGACUCAUACGGAUUGUGCUAUUCGGGAUGGGCAGAUUACUACUGGAUCCUCUUCUAAGAAUACGUCAGGUCCAGGAGAAAUAGUGUUCAAGUGCCGGGCUUGUAACCGCACUUCUGAGCUGCUGGGUUGGGUUAAAGAUGUGUUUCAACACUGUGCACCAAACUGGGAUCGGGAAUCUUUGAUGAAAGAACUCGACUUUGUUAGUAGGAUUUUCCGCGGAAGCGAAGAUCAACGAGGUAGGAAACUGUUCUGGAAAUGUGAGGAGCUUAUUGACAAGAUUAAGGGUGGUUUAGCUGAAGCAACAGCUGCCAAAUUAAUAUUAAUGUUUUUCCAAGAGAUCGAGUUAGACUCCGCGAAGAGCUUUGAAAAUGGAGGUCAGAUGGCACCUCAGGAUGCAUGCAACCGAAUCGCUGAAGUUGUACAAGAGACUCUAAGGAAAAUGGAAAUAGUUGCUGAAGAAAAGAUGCGAAUGUUCAAAAAGGCACGCAUAGCUCUCGAGACUUGCGAUAGAGAGCUCGAAGACAAAGCAAAGGAAGUAGCAGAACUGAAAGCAGAGAGGCAAAAGAAGAAACUUCAGAUAGACGAACUAGAGAGAAUCGUGAGACUUAAGCAAGCAGAGGCAGACAUGUUCCAGCUCAAAGCCAACGAAGCAAAACGAGAAGCUGAUCGUUUGCAAAGGAUCGUACUAGCGAAAAUGGACAAGUCUGAGGAGGAAUACGCAAGUAACUAUCUGAAACAGAGGCUGAACGAGGCCGAGGCAGAGAAACAGUACCUGUUUGAGAAGAUUAAGCUGCAGGAAAACUCGAGGGUAGCUUCGCAAAGCAGUGGUGGUGGUGGUGGAGGAGACCCGUCGCAAGUGAUGAUGUACUCAAAGAUUCGUGAUCUGCUUCAAGGAUACAAUCUCUCUCCCAAGGUAGAUCAUCCUCAAUCAAAUGAGCGUAAUCCUUUCAGAUCCAAUCCUUGAUGCUUUUGUUCUCCCUUCCCUUCUAUAUAUAUGUGUGUAGCUUUCAUAUUUCAAGUUUCAUCACUUUGUUAUGUAAAACAAGUGUUUGUAGACGUGUGUGUCCUCUCACUUUGUUGAUAUGAAGUUGUUUAUCUAUGAUGUGGUUGGUUUAGGCUAUGUA